AUGUGUCCGCGGUUCGAGCGCUACCGGCGCGAACGCGAGAACAACUUGUUCCCUUGGGAAUCCCUCCCCCCUCCCCACUCCAAACGCGUGUCACACCCCCACGCUGUGAAAGCGUACGAACGCGCUGCGGGGGAUAAGACGUUACCUUCGGAUUUGAGGCCGCCGAGGGUGUUGAAAGGGACGUUGGAUUAUUUGUUUGGGGAGUUGAUGGUUAGGGAGGGGUUUGUGCGCACGUAUGCGUUUUUGAGAGACAGGACGAGGGCGGUGAGGAGUGAUUUUGUGAUGCAGAGAGAGGAGGGGGAGGUGGCGGUGGAGUGUCAUGAGAGGUGUGUGAGGUUUCAUGUGGUGGCGUUGAGGGAGAUGAGGGGGGAGAGGGAGUUUUCGGUUAAUUUGGAGGAGCAGCAGUUGAUGAAUACCCUUCAAUCGCUAAAAGAAUUCUACACCGACCAACGAGAGACAUACACCUCCCCCAACGAGCUCGAAAUGCGUAUCUACCACCGCCUUAUCCACAUCCGCGACCAACGCGAGCGGCACGACGAUAUCCCCCCCCACAUCCUCACCCACCCCGUGUACAUCCUCACCUCCGCCUUCCGCGCCCACGUCCAAUCCCACAGCACCCCGAUAACCAAAACCAGCCCACUGGUGGUGGGUGAGGAGGGAAUGCGGAUUUUUGGGGAGUUGGCGCGGUGGUUGAUGGGGGAAAAGGGGAAGAGGGGGAUGGUUUAUCUCGUGGCGUGUUUGUUGGAGCAUUUGUUUGGGAGGGAUAGGAUUGAGGAUAUGGAGGGUGUGAGAGGGGGGUUGGGGUUGGCGGAUAUUAUUGAUGGG